GUUUCCCUUAUUUUGAAGCCAAACCUUGGCUUCAGAGUGGACAAAAGGAUUGGAUUUCAACCAGCCACAGCCCUUCCUCGGCCGCUUUUGCUGUACUGUAACAAAACCUUGUCUCUGUUCUCUGGCUUCAGUAUGUAGGCCACGGGCUGGACGAAAUAAAGGCACUCAGGCUCUAAUGGAGCAGGUGUUCUCAGGUUUGGUGAGCGGAGAUCAAGAGAUCACCCAGAGAAAGUCUCUCAAAAAUUUUUUGAACCUGAUUUCGCAGACAUUGUCUGGUUAGCAGUUUUCCCAAUAUUCAAAGAGUAAGUUACUUUAACUUAAUUUAUCUGAUGUCUGAUUUUAUGCUGUUUCUACAUGAGUUGCCAAAGCAUGUUAACUUUUAGUUUGUUACCAUCAUCUACAAAGGUGAUACUACAUUAUUACCAGUGUCAACUUAAAGUUUUAAGAGCUGUGUUAUGUCAUAGGUCUCAUAGGUUUGUAAAAUGACUGGACAAAAAAAGGGCAACUUCUUUGGUUAACUUUGAUAUCAUCAGAACUGAAUAUCAUAGCUUGUCGGUGAAGACUUUACUUACUAGUUUUUAUGGAGAUUGAUUUGCAUUUUAAAGGCAAAACGAUUAAACUAGCAAACAAGCAGCAGAUGUAUCUUAAUGAUGAGAACUGUUAGUCACAGCACUGCCCACGUGGUUCAUGUUUUUGAAUUAAGGUGUGUUUAGUUGUGACACAGAAAAUCCUGGGUCAGGUUUUCAAACACACUUAACAGCAGAAAGGACACUCAACACCCACCCGUCAUUCUGAGUGUCUGUGAUGUCUCUGUAAUGCAACACUGCCAUCUAUGGAUAAAAGUCAUAGUCGCACUGUUUUUUCCUGCAUCACGUUGCUGCCUGUGUGCGUCCACACGCAGCCGCCUGAACGCGCCUGUCAUCUGGAGGAAACUCCUCCCCGCAGACAGCGCGUCCUGUCGCCUUUCCAGCGCAAUGGUCUCCUGGAUCAUCUCUAGACUUGUGGUACUUGUGUUUGGUACACUAUAUCCUGCUUACUCAUCGUAUAAAGCGGUGAAGUCGAAAGAUGUGAAAGAAUAUGUAAAAUGGAUGAUGUACUGGAUAAUAUUCGCCCUCUUCACGACAGUGGAAGUAUUCACAGAUAUGUUUAUUUGUUGGCUUCCUUUCUACUAUGAACUGAAGAUAGCCUUUGUGGUGUGGCUGCUGUCCCCCUACACUAAAGGCUCCAGUGUGCUGUACAGGAAGUUUGUGCAUCCCACGCUUUCCUCAAAAGAAAAGGAAAUUGACGACUACAUCGGCCAAGCGAAGGACAAAAGCUAUGACACACUGGUGCAUUUUGGGAGAAAAGGGCUGAAUGUCGCAGCCACAGCUGCGGUCAUGGCUGCAACAAAGAGCCAAGGCGUCCUGUCAGACAGGCUGAGGAGUUUCAGCAUGCAGGAUCUGUCUUCCUACCAGUCUGACCCUGUUAACACCAGCCCCGGCACUACGCAGCCUGCGCCAGCACAGCAGCGGACCAGACCCAUGAUGCGCAGCAAGUCAGAGAGCUACAACAAGGGACAGGAUUUGGACAUGACUGAGUAUGAGGUGUUGGACCAAUGGACCUCCAAGGGGUUGCAGUCCCAGACCAUUUCACCUUCUGAGACUGAGUCCUCACCCAUUACGCCCUCACUGACACCCAAGUCCUCCCCACCCUCCACACCCUCCACACCCUCCACUCCCUCUCCACCUCCCACCCCUCCAGUUCCAGAGCAGCCUGAAGAGGUAGGGAAAGAGGUUCAAGCAACUUCAAGCUCGCCACAGCUCAGGCUGAUUAAAAGGAAGGCUCCUGAGCCACCUCUUAGAGUCUUAAGGCCUCUCACAAGAUCCAGGAGUGCUCUUUCUUCAAACAGUGAAGCCAUGUGAAACUAGCCCUAAAGACUCCUCCAGCUGCCUUUGCUGCAAGAAGUGAAAAUACUGAAUGGCCAAAAUCUACAUGACUGAAGCAGCCUUUGCUUUGGAAUAAGGUAUUACCAAAGUGACCUAUGAUGACCCCUCUAUAUUAAGCAUAUAGCUCGUGGCUCAUGAUAAUAAACAAAAAAAAUGGUUUGUGACGUUGAGAUAGAACAAAUGGGCUCCAUGCUGAUAUUGACAUUUUGAGUUUGUGGGUUAUUGAA